AUGAUAAGUUUUUCUCUAACCUACGGGUCCCCGGCUAGUUUAUUCCAAGGUACAGCAUAUUCUGGAGCGCUUCACAGACAUCGAAACAAAAACUGGUGCGCAUUUAUAGUACAGAAGAAUGUCAGCUGCGCAGUGCAAGGAAACGUGGAAAGUUUCGUUCAGCCUGAGGUUGCGCCCUGUCCGACGCAUCAACCGGACUGUGAGCAACAAGUGAUGUACCGAAGUCAGUUUCGCCCCACGUAUAGGAUUUCUUAUAAGACUGUUACAGAAUUGGAGUGGAGGUGUUGCCCAGGUUAUCAGGGUCCAGACUGUACAGAGCUGAAAGGGACUCCAAAUAGACAAACUGUGCUUGAACCUGAACCACGUCCACAUCCACUGCCGCGUCCUGGACAGGCCAGACACACACAAAGGCCAGAGCGAAGAGAGAUAGGACGUCACGGCAUUCGAUCGAGUGGAGUCGAUAAAGCCCGUCAGCUGGAGGCAGAAAUGCAUCGCCUCUCUCAGACAGUGCAGGACCUCCAAGCAGCUAUGUCAAACAUGGCCGACAACCUCCGGACAGACUUUCAGGUAGACGCCAACAAGAUGCUUGUCACUCUUUUGAACAACAUGAGCCCACCAGACAGUGCAAAGACGGGAGACAGUGAGGAGAAUGGGGCUCACCUAGAUGGACAUCAGGCAACGAAAGGCCGGACGUUCGGGGAGAAAGGAAUGGAGGAGGUGAUGGCCAGGCUGAACGACAUGACAGAUGCUCUGAAGAGCAAAGACAAGGAGCUUGAGGAGCUGCGGGGUGCCUUGAGUGGGCAAGAAGGGCAGAUCAGAAUGCUAAUGGAUGCUUCUCAGGGUCCCCCAAUCACUGUUGGUGAUGCCUCAGAUAUUGACAUCCUCCAGUCCUACAUUGAUGGAAAGUUUGAAAAGCUUAGGAAGGACCUUGCUCAAGAAAUGGAGGACAACGUGGCCACAUUAAAAAGCACAUGCGAUGACAAGAUCCAAUCCGUUCAGAAGGCCUGUGAUGACAGUCGCGAAAAUAGAUAUGUCAGCCUGACGCAACUUGUGGACAACAAGGAGGCUGACCUAAGAAAAGAGAUCCGUGACUUGCGACUGGAUUUGGCCAAGUCAGAUGGGCUGGUGCGCACACACAGACAAACGACUCCAGCGAGACGGAACGAAGAUGACGGCGACCUACGGCAAGAGGUAGAACGAAUCGCAGAAGCACACCGUAUCUUGAACGCACGAGUCGAUAAUGAGCUAGAGCACCUGUCCAUGCUGCAGCUGGAGGAUUUAUUUGGCCCUCGAAUAGAAGAACUGGAAGACAGAAUGAAUGUCACAGAGAGAAACGCUGAGGCGCACAGCUUCUUUGUGCAGGAGAAGUUAAGCAAGGACAUCGCGGAUGAGGUGGCUAAACUCCACCAGCUCCUGGACGAAAGGCUUAACGUCAUGGAGGAUCAGUUCACUACCAUGUUGGUAGAAAUGAGCAACAGCUCAUUCCCAGGGAUGUUAAGUGGUACAGUAGAUGCCAUGCAAAAUGAGGUCAACUCUCACAAGUAUCUAAUUCAGGGCAUGGAAGACAAGCUGAAUGCCAUUGCACAGACAUGCACAACAGACUGCAAGUCAUCAUCUGAAACCCCAACUCCAACGAGUAUGGAUAGUCUUGUGAAGGAUGUUCAGAUAUGUAGGAACGACCUUGAUGCCCUGCACUCCGCUGUCAGAAAUAAUGCUGACAAGCUUACUGAGCUCAAGAACAUUGUUGGCCAACUGUCAUCGGAUGACAGCCGCAAUAAGUUAAACAUGCAGGACUUUCAGAGCAGGCUUACUUCAUUACAGGAUAAUGUUAAUGGUCUCACAGGGGCUGUGACAGGUUUGGGAGAUUUCGUGAGCAAGUACAGCCAAGACCUCCAGAGUCUGAACUUCACAUGUUGUCAGGCAGGGCAGAUAGGGAGAGUGCAAAUGCCAUCUCAACCUGUGGGACGCGGUACAGUUACUGACAGACAGGUAGAGCAGCUCAGAACCAGGUUAGACAGGCUUAGUACUCAGGUAACCACAGAGCUGAGCAGCUGCAAGAAGAGUACAGAUGAGGUAGCUGAAGAUGUGGUUGCCAUGGAUAGCCGGGUGGCCAACCUAGAAAAGAUAUGUGGGCAAACGGAUGGAGUAAAAAACGUUCAGGAUGUCAAAGAAAACCUGGAAAGACACAUUGCCAGGCUAUGGGACAUUGUGCGGCAGGUGAAUUCCACUCAGAGGAGUCACUCGGGAGACAUCAGCAACCUCCAGAGGUCCUUGCAAAACUGCCAGAUCCAACUAUCUGGAAUUGCCAAUCAGAUUCUCAAAGAUGUCACAGCUAAAGAACAAGGAGCGCCUGUAAAGCAGGAGAGACCUGGUUCUGCCACUGAUUCAGGGACUCCCACUCUACCGAGACGAUCCACCAUUCAUCAUAUCCACAUCCCUCUGAAUAUUCCGUUUCCAGCCACGAUCCAUCCCCCUGUCCACCGACCCCCCACUGUUCACCAGCCACCUUACCCACGCCAACCUCACAGACCACAGCAACCCACAAACCACCGCCAGCCCUCCAGUCUACCCCACCAGCCCACCCUGAAUGUGGCCCCAAUCCCUCGUCGGCCGGUGCUGGAGGCCGGGGAGGCCGGGCCACCUGGGACUAUGCGCAGGGUGACAGUCAGACGGAACCAGGGGUCAGAGAGUUCUAUAAAUCCAAUCAAAGGAUUUGCAGGUGCACCAGAGGCACAUGUUCUAUGGAACCCUGCUUCAAAAACACCAGUUGCAACACCAGUCCAAUCAGAGAACAACGCCCUUUUUGACCCAUUCUCUUUCUCUGCUGGACUUACACAGCGGUCUCUUGUUGGAGAUUUUGGAAUAAUCCUAUUUGACAAAAUUUUGGUGAAUGAUGGAGGAUACUACAACCCUCAAACAGGAAUCUUCUAUGUUCCCCAGGACGGUCGGUACCUCAUCACUGCUGUUCUGACGGCUCAGCGGGGCGAGCAUGUGGAGGCUGUGCUCUCGGUGUCCAAUCGCAGCGUGCAGAAGCUGGACACAGCGGGUUACCAGGACACAUCUCUCCCCUGGAUGACACAGGAUCGCUGUGCGUGCGGGGGGUCAGCCUCCAUCAGCCUCAUCCUCCCUCUUCGCCGCGGAGACCGCGUAUCCCUGGUCAGAACUGCAGGCAAGCUGGCCUUCUCUGAUGCUCGAGAGAUGCUCUCCACCUUCAGUGCUGUCUACCUCUACACUCCUCAGACUAGGAGAUAG